UGGUAGAUAAAUUCUCUAAUUCCCUUCUCACCUUCCUAGAUUCCAUGUAUUUAGUCACGAAUGGUCUUCUUUUUCAGUUUUGAAAUUAUCGGCAUCAAACUGCUGUCAAAAUCAUUAUUCAUAAAACUUUUGUAGGCAUUAAUUCUGUCCUGUGACUCAAAUACAACUAAAGAAUAACUUAGUUGUGGCAAAUGUUUUGUCCAUACUAGGUGAGAAUUAAUUUCUAUCCAAUUACCUAUCACUUCGAAUCUUGCAAUUGUAUUUAAAUUUUUAUUUCCCUAAAAAUUGGGACCCCCCUUAACAAAAGGACUUGGAAAUUUUAAACUUAUCAUCCAAAAGCUGUCAUGACAAGAAAGAAGCACUCUGUCAUAUUCAUUGGGAAUACCCCUGAAUAUGAUAAUCCAAAUAUUGGGUGGCAAAAAACUAAAUUCUUGAAAAAGUAUUUUUCAGUGUCUCCAAGAGAGUUACCAAGAAGGGUCUUUUAUUCCUUUGUUCCACCGUUUAUUUCAAGUGGCAAGACUUACCGAGUUCAUGUAGACUUUGUUGGACCCUGUUUGGCACUCUUAAUUCUCAAUGGUCUUCUCAGCCUAGGGCACUCGUAUAAGUCUCCUAGUGCCUCAGUAGACACCGCACCAUUUAAGGUGUUACUGCUAUACUCUAUUUUAACCCCAGUUAUCAGCUACUUUCUCGCUCACUUAUGUGAGUCAGCCAUUAAAUUUAGUGAAUUGGUUGCUUUGUUUGGUUACGGUCUCUAUGGCCAUAUUUUCACCCUGAUCUUGCCCUUACUUCUUAGCGAUGAGUCAAGUAAUGUGAUUUUUGCCAUGUGUCUUGUAGCUUUCUCUGGUAUGAGCACUUUGAGAAUUGCAUUAGUCUUGCUCACCUCAAUUCCCAAGCCAAUUUUUCGACUGUUAUUGUGCAGCGUUGUAGCGAUUAAUCAAAUUUUGAGUGUGCUUUUCCUUCAUUUUCUGUACAUGCAUCGAACCUUCGUUUAUGCUGCUAGUGCAUUGGAAUACGAAUAGUCAAUUUUUGUCUUUAGUCUACAUAGUGAAUACUUAAGUUUUCACCAGAGCACUUUCGUUUCAAACCAACAUAACAGCUCAUUUUGGCUGAAGAGAUUUGAACCGGUGUAACUCCAUCACAGAGUUUCUAAAUGUCCAUACAUGUUAUAAAUUUACAAAGAAAUCCUUGCCUAGUUCUUUCUGGAGCUUUCAAGUGUGGAAGAAUUGUUAGACAUUUCUUCAGAGAAGUGUGCACUAGUGCCUCAUCAAGAAUACGAAUUGCCACUAAGCAUGAGGAACAUUUUACAAUGGAAUAUUAGCACUAUCAGUCCUAGCCAAGACCAACCCACACAAGUCACUCAUUCGUGUGGACGAGUUUUUAGACCCUGAUGGGCAUUGGCGGCGGAAAGUCUAAGUGCAAUGCAUUUCUUAUGAAAAAAGCUAAUUCCACAUCACACUAGCCGCUGUCAAGUGAUAGUCCGGUGGAUGAGUGGAUCCCAAAAAUAUGCGCAAUGGCUCAAUUGUGUGGAUUGGUCUUGGUUCUGCAGUUGAGAUGUAAAAUAUCUCAUUGAUGAGAGCACAGGCCAAGCUUUCGAUUGCUUUUUUUCAAAAUUUGUGUUUAAUGCAUAAAAUCUAACGGAGAGUUCUGCUUUUGUUGUUUACCCUGUUAACAUCCAAGUUCUCAGUGUAAAGAUUGUUUCACCCAAAAAAAGUUUGAUUUCUUACUUCACCCUUAGAAGUUUUAUGACAUAAUGUAGCCCCUGUAUUUUCAGUUGAUGAUUUUGUAUCAGUCUUUGAAUUUUUAGUUUAAAAAAAUAACAAUAAGUUCCAUACAUUUUUCAAAUCAAAUGAUUGUUUUUCAGUGUUAUUUGUAGUAGAUAUCCAUGAUUUUUAAGAAAUAGAGUACUUACCUCAGAAAU